UUUGCUGGAGAGACAUUAUCAUCACUCGAGGAGCUGUUCAUUCUUAGUUAUGUAUCUAUGACAAUUGGGUUUUGGUCUGUUAGGAAUUGUGGGAAUUUACGCUGUUGCGGCAGUAUUCUUUUCGAGCUUUAUGGAAUUGCUGAAAAAACGGGAUUUUCAGUCAUUCAACUAUGUAUGGUGUAUAUUCAUUUAGGGGUAACUUUUGUUCAUCUUUCUUUCAAUCUCCAUGUCCAUUUUCCUUUCCAUUUUCCUUUCCAUUUUCCUUUCCAUUUUCCUUUCCAUUUUCCUUUCCAUUUUCCUUUCCAUUUUCCUUUCCAUUUUACAUUUUUCCAACUUUCGACUCUUUCCUCCUCUUGCUUUUUUCCCGAGUUUGCAUACUACCUUUUCCUUUCCAAAAUUCCCGCACAUACAUAUAUACAUACAUACUACUUUGUCCUAUUUUUGUUUUUCCCCCCUCCCUUUUUGGUUUACCGUUUGUCCACAAGAAGUCAAUAGGGCAACCUUCAACGCGGAACGCGCGCCUUUCUUAGCCUUAUCAAAAGCCUUUACUACGUUAUAUUUUUCUUAUAUUUGCAUCAUAUUUGUGGAAUCGAGGCGCUUCAUGGUCUUUAUUUUAUUUUAUUUUUUUUUCUUGUCUUUUCUUUCUUUCUUUCUUUCUCUCUUUCCUUUUUUGGGACCUUUAUUUAAAAACCAUCAGAUCAUCCAUUGAUAUACUCCUCAAUAUAUUUUCAACCUCUAUUAGUCUCUCCGCAUUUGUGUCAUCUAGUUUAUUGCAUUCCAUUGAGUGAUU